UUGAAUUGGUUUUUCAGAUUCAGAAGAGUAAAUCGGUGGAAAGGACGAGAAAAGGACCGAAGGUAACGUCACGGCCACGUGCAUCUUUAUCACACUGAGUCAGUAGUGACAAAUGUGACCACGCGCAGGAUUGUUGUAUACAUUUGUAUGAUUAUAAUCUCGUUUUUUAUGAUUUUCACUGUUUUUUAACAUUAAUGAUAUUACUGACAGCGUUUUUAGCACUUGUUGCAAUCAGGUCGACUGUCGCUAAAGAAACUGAUUUUGUCCUCUGCAGUUUCUGCGGCUAUAACGUCUCCCCUGCGAGCACCUUAGUGAAUAUACAAAGCCCUGCUGCAACUGUGACCUACAAUCAGACGCUGUUCGGCGUUAACGGCCUUCAGGUUCAGUCCGUGAAAAACGAUUUGGGCCUCAAAUUCGACGUUAUCAUCUCGACAGGGAGCACGUGCGUACCGUCAGCCAUCCAUAAGUGGGAGAUCGAACAUUCCUGGUUCCCGGGUUACGCUUGGAAAUACUGUCUCUGCUCUAAAUGCCAGACGCAAGUGGGAUGGGUAUUUGAACCGUUAGCAACAGCAACUGAUGAAAGAUUGUACGCCUCCAAGAACGGAUUUUACGCACUUAGACUGGGCAAUAUACUAAGUGAACAUUUCGCAGAUUCCAUCGUUGCAUCACCAAACAUAUAGUGAAGAUGUCGACUGAACUCUCAUCCGAGCAGGUCGAAUUUUUGGCAAAGUGUGAAAAAGAUUUCAUCCACAGGUACACAGAAAAGGACGAUGAGUUCUCAAUCGUCAUGGCUAUAGGUGUGUCGCAACCUCCUCUGGUCGAACCUUGGAGGCCCAAGGGUCUCAUAAGAAAGCAUUCUCAGCCUCCUAACUAUGAAGAUGAUGGUCAUAAAAGAAGACGAUAUAAUUAAUAAUAUAUUGGUGUUUAUGGCUGCAAUUAUAUAUCAUAUAAGCAUUUUUAUAAGAGUUUGUAAAUUCUUGUUUAUAACUCAAUCAGUUUGUGUAUAAAAUAUAUAAAACUUUUCUCAA